AUGUUCAGCAAAAUUGUAUCUUUCGGUGCAUUGUUGGCUGCAGUCAACGCUGGCUUGUACGGCCAUGAGCACGGCCACGCCGCUGUCUCCUCCCACAGCGUCGUACAUCACGCUGCGCCAGCGCCGCACUAUGCUGCUCCCGCAUAUGCACCCCUAGCUCAUGCUGCUCCCCUCGCAUAUGCGCCGCUGGCAUAUGCUGCGCCCGCUGCUCACUACGACGGACAUGAUACUUAUGCCCAUCCCAAAUACGAUUACUCUUACUCCGUGGCUGACCCCCACACUGGUGACCACAAGUCCCAGCACGAGAGCCGAGAUGGUGACGCUGUUCAUGGAUACUACUCCCUGGUGCAACCUGAUGGUUCCGUACGCAAGGUUGAAUACACCGCUGACGACCACCACGGAUUCAACGCAGUAGUACAUAACUCAGCCCCAUCAGUACACCCCGUUCAUACUCCAGCUUACCACCACUACUGA